UCAAACUUCCAAGAUGGCGGCGGCGUCGGAGGAGCGGAUGGCUGAAGAAGGAGGCGGCGGCCACGGCGACUGCGGCUCCUCUUCGGCCGCGGGCUCUGCACAACGACAGCCUCCACCGCCGCCGCCCCAGCCCUCGCAUCCGGGGUCCCAGGCGCCCCCAGCCCCUGCUCUUGCUCCAGACCAGCUGCCUCAAAACAACACGUUGGUGGCGCUGCCCAUCGUAGCUAUCGAGAACAUCCUCAGCUUUAUGUCCUACGACGAAAUUAGCCAGCUCCGCCUGGUUUGUAAAAGAAUGGACUUGGUUUGCCAGAGAAUGUUGAAUCAAGGAUUUCUGAAAGUGGAGAGGUACCAUAAUCUAUGUCAGAAACAAGUUAAAGCACAACUUCCAAGGAGAGAGUCAGAAAGGAGAAACCAUUCAUUAGCUCGUCAUGCAGAUAUCCUUGCUGCUGUUGAAACAAGACUAUCACUGUUAAAUAUGACUUUCAUGAAGUAUGUGGAUUCCAAUCUCUGUUGCUUCAUCCCAGGAAAGGUGAUUGAUGAGAUUUAUCGUGUAUUGAGAUAUGUCAAUUCUACCAGAGCCCCUCAACGAGCUCAUGAAGUACUUCAAGAGUUAAGGGACAUUUCCUCCAUGGCAAUGGAAUACUUUGAUGAGAAGAUUGUUCCAAUUUUAAAGAGGAAAUUACCAGGAUCAGAUGUGUCUGGAAGACUCAUGGGCUCCCCUCCAGUCCCUGGACCUUCUGCAGCCCUAACAACAAUGCAACUCUUCUCCAAGCAAAACCCUUCAAGACAAGAGGUUACCAAACUCCAGCAGCAGGUUAAAACAAAUGGUGCUGGUGUGACUGUUCUCAGGCGUGAAAUUUCAGAGCUCCGCACCAAAGUGCAAGAACAGCAGAAACAGCUUCAGGACCAGGACCAGAAACUGCUGGAGCAGACCCAGAUCAUAGGUGAACAAAAUGCACGGUUGGCGGAGCUGGAACGCAAACUGCGAGAAGUAAUGGAAAGUGCAGUAGGAAACUCCUCAGGUUCUGGGCAGAAUGAAGAGUCUCCUCGGAAACGAAAAAAGGCAGUGGAAGCCAUAGACUCUCUUAGGAAAUCUAAACGUCUUCGGAAUAGAAAGUAAAUUGGAAUAUGGGUCUAGCUCCAGAAGAAGACAUGGCUUAGUAGCUUCAGCGGUUAUGCAUAUCAGGAUACUGUGGGCAACGCGGUGUCCCUUAGGCUUCUAGGCUUUCAGAAUACAACUUGAACUUUUUCUUGGUUAAGACAUUCUUUCCCGCUUCUCCUGGGUGAACUGAUGCACAGAAUCUUUUUACUUUGCAAUAGAUUUGUACUAACCAGACCUGCUCUAUCAUGUUUUGAGGAGUUGACUUUUUCCUGUGCAGAUAAUGUUUAAAGUUUAUUUCUGCAUAUAUGCACAUCACAUGAGGAUCUUAAACCCAGUCUUGACAGACUAGAAGUUAAGUUUAAACACAGAAAAUGUCCUGUUCACUUGAAAGAAAAGACCUACUUUUUAAAUGGACACUAUCUUGUUUUUUUUUAAAAAAAAAAGUUAACUUUUUGUUAAGUGACCUUUGUCUGGAAUGUCUGAAAAGUAGUUAAUGCUUUUUGGUAUUGAAGUAAUGGGUAACUAAAAUGGACUUCCAUAGUAUUGACUGUAGAAGGGGCCUCUACAGUAUUGACUAUAUAUUUUUAUAAACUACUGGCAAGGGACUUAUCCAGUUGUUAUAUACAUGUUUUCAGUUCUCUAUGGGGGCCAUGUGCUACAUUUGCAUGGAUGGAUGCAUGCAUUGCCUAAUCAACUCACUUAAAAAGCUCUUGCACUGGUAUUGAUCUUGAACCUCUAUACUUCACUUUCUAGAGCAGCUUCUUAGUUUAUUUAAGUGUUUAACAUCUUCUACCACAACAGCUUGCCUCUAGAGGGUAAUUGUUAGUCCAUUUGUCCUCCACUUUUACAGGGGCAACAGAGUGUUGAAGCCCGUUGCUUCAUCUGUUCUUUUGUAGGGCUCAGGUAUACUGGCUAAGGCAGACCCCCAAAUUCCAAGGCUGUUUCUAUUGGACCUCUGGUAACUAGUACUGUUCAUUACCACUAUGUCAUUUGCUGAUCAAAUGUGAUUGAAUAGGGGACACAACUGUGGGAUGCAGUUUUGCCAUUUAAGCAGAGUACAUUGAAGAAAAAUUAUACUAUGGAAAAAGAUUUCAUUUCAAGGGGGUGACCUUAGGGAAGCUUUUUAAUAUUAAUUCCAAGCUUUCCUUAUCCUACAAUAUUAAACAAAAGCUUUAAUUUCUUUUGCACUCCUGUUUUGAGCUUGUAACCGGAAAAGCAUGUCUUGCACUGUUCAGCCGUUUGAUUGGUCACUUUAACAACCUCCAAAUUAUGUACAGUGGUUAUUUUUCCCAGUUGUAUAUUUUUGAGACAUUAUUCAACUAUCACUGUCCUGGUUUUUAUUUUAAUGUACUAAAUUAUAUAGCUAUUAGUUCACUGUUAAAUUCUUUUAAGCAACUGUUGCCUUAAGCUUCAGUUAUUUACAGUCAAUGUAGAUGUAAAAUCAAAAAAUAAUCCCUUUCCAGGUGGAAACUUGCCUCCUGUAUAAACCUAAGGUUUUGGUAAAUACCUUCGUUGAAUAAAAGCACAAGGUUACCUACCACCUUUUACAUCCGUCCAACAUGACAUGGUUAUGCAUCCUUUAAAUUAACCUUACCAAAUGAAACUUUUUCUUAUCCAUUUUUAAUGUUGUCCUUAGAUUUUGGUCAAUUCUUUGUCUAACUUUGAAACUCCAUUUACAGUGUGGUGUGUUUUCAGUGAAAGACCAUAGAGUCACAUCCAAGUGUUUCAUGGUUUGUUGAGAAGAUAAUUUAAAAAUAAACAAUU